GAGGGGGGGGAGGCUGAAGGCAAGUUAUCUUUCUAAUACAGCACUCUCUCUGACAGCCCAACAGAGAAUCCGAUCACUAAAGAGCUGGCCUGAAGACACUCAACAACAUCAUAUAUUUAAGUAACAAAAAAGAAAGGGCUUUUGUUAAAACGACCCUCUGAGCGGCAGCUAAGUUCUAAGUGGACGGGAAAGUGCCAUCUGGGUGGAAGCUGGCCUCCACCAAAUCCUGACUGUCGCCUUCUGGGAAAGCCCCAGAAGUCCAAUGACGUGCCAGGCCCUGCCUGUUGUUUCCGUGAGCUUUGAGAAUCCAGGCUCCCCACCCAAAGCCCCCAAGGUGUGGCCAAAGGUUAACGGGCUCCCAAGGGAGGGCUAGAGGGCCCAUCAGACCAACCAGAUAGCAGAUAUAAGGGCGGGUCAGAUGAGCCAGAUACCAAAGGAAGAGCAGAGACAGACAAGCCCCAGGAUGGUGUCCCGCAAGGCGGUGGCUGUCCUGCUGAUGGUGCACGUGGCCGUCAUGCUGGCCUCCCAGACGGAAGCCUUCGUUCCCAUCUUCACCCACAGCGAGCUCCAGAGGAUUCGGGAAAAGGAGCGGAACAAAGGGCAAAAGAAAUCCCUGAUUGUACAGCAGAGGUCUGAGGAAAUGGGCCCUCUGGACCCUGUGGAGCCCACAGAGGAAGAAGAAAACGAAGUUAUCAAGGUGAGCAGACAGGGGGACAAUGCAGAGAAACCUAGUGUGGGGAAGUGUUCCCCCUGCCAGCCACAGAUUGUUCUGGAACACAGCAGCAAACUAGACAUUCAGGCAACAAGUUCCAUCCUAGGAGAGAUACAGACACCAACAAUGACACAGCUGUCUCAAAUAAGGCACCGGAUAAGGAGGCAUGAUAGAGGGUGAGGGGGUGGGGGCUGGGGGCACUGCUUUGGCUAGGAGGCCUCUCAGAGGAGGUGACAUUUAUUUGAUUUGGAACCAGAAUGAUGAGAAGGAGCCUGUCAUGCAAACAGCUAGAGCAAGAACGUCCCAGAAGGAAAAGGGCCGGCAAAGGCCCUGCUCAGGAAGCACGCGGUAGGUGUGAGGCCCCCAAGGCCAGGGCACACUUGGGAGAGGACAAGAGAGUGGCAGGGCCUAGUGGUCCAGGCACCAUGUCUGGAAGGUCACUGGGGAGUUCACAGCAGGGAAGUCAUCUCAUCUGACUUAGAAAGACCUGGGACCGCACAAGUGGAGGCAGGAGACGAGUCAGGGGGCAACUGCGGUCACCAGGAGACAGAGGACAAGGGUGCCCUGGGAGACGACUACAGUGUCAAGACCCAGGGCCUGGGGCCUGCAGUGCUGCGUUAGGAUGCACAGAUCGUGGCGGCCUGAGCGAGCCUUGAGUUUGUCCAGUGCGGCUCUUAAGUUCUCAGCCUCAUUUAUCCAGAUGAGAAGACACUGAGCCCUAAGUGUGAAGCAUGGCUCGGUUCUGGGCCCUGGCGAUAGGGCGGUGAACAAAACAGAUACAUCCUCCGAGCUUGUGAAGCUCACACUGCAGUGGGGGACUGAAAAUGAGAUGCCAGAAGGACGGGCAGCAGACUACAGACAGGAUACAGAAACAAGCAUCAUAAUGUGGCCGGUCCUAAUAGGUGCCGUGGAGGAAAAUAAGGCAGGGACUGGAGGCAGAUGGGUUGCAACCUCAACAGGGUGGUCAGAGCAGGCUUCACAAGGAGACGGUAUUAGCGCUGAGACCUGGAGACAGUGAGGCAGGGAACCACAAAGAUAUCUGGGGGAAGAGCAUUCCAUGUGGCAGGAAUAGUCAAUGCAAAGGCCCUGAGGCAGGAGGAAGCCUGGUGGAAGAGUGUGGAAGAACAGUGAAGAGGCUGGAGUGGCUGGAGCAGAGGGAGUCAGGGAGGAAGAGGGAGGUGGGACCAGAU